AUGGUCAAGAAAAUCGUCGUCGAAGAGUCGCUUUUGAAAGUCCAGAACACCCUCGGAGAAGGAUGCGUUUGGGACUCCCGGGGCCAGCGCCUCUACUUUGUCGAUAUCGAACAGAACAAGGUAUUCACCUAUGAGCCUUCGUCAGGCAAGCACGGAUAUGAGCUGUUUGAGAAGAACAUCACUGCCCUUGCUCUCUUGGAAAACGGCGAUGGUCUUAUCGCGGCGGUCGAAGACGGCUUUGCCUAUAUCCCCUUCACUCACCUCCCCUUUCCUCCAACUCAAUCCCUCCAGUCCCUCAUCCCCGCUCAGCCUACCCCCAGUACACAGGUCGUCCUGACCGCAGGAGAGUCGAGAUUCAAUGACGGUGCUGUCGAUCCAGCUGGCCGGUUCUUGGCAGGAACGAUGGGCUACAAGAUAGGCGACGUGAAUUCGAGAAUGUACUCUUUCCAAGUAGGUGAAGAAGGAGAGUACUCUGCGCCGUUGGUGUUGGAUAAGAUUACAUGUACGAACGGUAUGGGGUGGACAGAUGAUAAUAAGACUUUGUACUUUACCGAUAGCUGGAUCAAAACCAUCAAGAGAUUUGACUACGACCUCGCGACUGGCAAACUCUUCAACCCCCAGAUCUUCAGCAAUGUCGACACCAAAGAGCUCGGCUUCCCCGACGGCAUGUGUAUGGACACCGAGGGCGGCGUCUGGUCCGCCCGGUUUGGCGCUGGCAAAGUGCUGCGCUUCACGCCAGAGGGAGAGAUUGACGUUGAGAUUGACUUUCCGAGUGCUUGGAACAUGACAUGUCUUAUCUUUGGAGGCGAAAAGCUCGAUGAGCUGUAUAUCACUUCGGCAGCCUCAAACUUGACAGACGACCAGCCCGAAAACAUUGCGGAGCGUAAAGAUGGAGGCGAUUUGUUUGUCGUAAAGGGCUUGGGGUUCACGGGUGUGGAAAGAAACCGAUUCAAAGGCGCUAUCCCCAAGUAG